AUGUCUUCUUAUAAUUUUACAGGGACACCUACAGGUCAUGGUACCGGUGGUGAUUCUUUAACUACAGAUUUAACAGGUCAAUUUGAAUUGGCUAAUAUGGUAUGGUUAGGUGUUGGUGCCGCUGGUGUUUGGAUUAUGUGUCCAGGUAUUGGUUUAUUAUAUUCUGGUUUAAGCAGAAAAAAACAUAGUUUAGCUUCACUUUGGCUUUCAUUAAUGGGGGUUUGUGUCGUUUCUUUUCAAUGGUUCUUUUGGGGGUUUUCUUUAGUCUUUUCACAUCAUUCAAAAUCUCACAUGUUAGGUACAUUAGAAUUCUUCGGUUUUCGUGAUGUCCUUGGUGCACCAUCUGCUGAUGCCGCUGUACCUGAUAUUACUUAUGCUGUCUUUCAAGGUAUGUUUGCCUGUGUGGCAGGUGUAUUAAUGGUUGGUGGUGGUGGUGAACGUGCAAGAUUGAUGCCUAUGAUGAUUUUCUUAUUUAUAUGGAUGACUUGUGUCUAUUGUGUUUGUGCUCAUUGGUCUUGGAAUCCAAAUGGUUGGUUAGCUAUUCUAGGUGAAUAUGAUUUUGCUGGUGGUUUAAUUCAUCAAACUGCAGGUCACGGUGCCUUAAUGUACGCUUUAAUCUUAGGACGUCGUGAUCGUGAAAAAAAUGCUAAAUUACCAAAAUAUAAACCUCAUAGUGUGGCAAGUGUAGUUUUAGGAACUGUCUUUAUUACAUUUGCUUGGUUUUUCUUCAAUGCUUGUUCUGCAGGUAAUGCAUCAAUUCGUGCUUGGUAUGCUUUACAAAAUACUAAUUUAGCCGCUGCAUCAGGUGGUUUGACUUGGAUGUUUAUUGACUAUUUUAGAUAUGAUGGAAAAUGGACAACAGUUGGUUUAUGUUCAGGUAUUGUAUCUGCUUUAGUUGGUAUUACUCCCGGUGCAGGUUUUGUUCCUGUUUGGGCUUCAAUGGUUAUUGGUAUUAUUACCGCGGCAGGUUGUAAUUUUGCAGUUGAUUUAAAAUAUUGGUUAAAAAUCGAUGAUGGUUGUGAUGUUUGGGCAUUACAUGGUGUUGGUGGUUGUAUUGGUUCUGUAUUGACAGGUAUCUUUGCCGCUGAUUACGUUAAUGCUACAGCUGGGGUUUACGCUACACCUAUUCUUGGCGGUUGGUUAAAUCAUCAUUGGAAACAAGUUGGUUAUCAAAUUGCAGGUAUUUGUGCAAUUUGUGGUUGGACUUGUGUUGUAACUUCAAUUAUUUUAUUAACUAUGGAUAGAAUUCCGAUGUUAAAAAUUAGAUUAUCAGCUGAAGAAGAAUUACAAGGUACAGAUGUUGCACAAAUUGGUGAAGUCGCUUAUGCUGAAGAAGAAGAAGAAGAUUAUACUUUUGAACCACAACCAAUUAGAUCAAGACUUUCAGUGAUUGCUUCUUUGACUCAUCAAAUUAAACACCCAAUGAGUGGGAAAGAUGAUAAGAUUGAACAAUCUAUUCCACAAGUUGUUGAUUCAGCACUUCCAGAUACAAGUUCGAAUUCUGAUGAAGAUGAUUCAAAGACUAAAGAAAAAGAAACAGUAUGA